UAAAACUCUGUUAUUCGUGUAGUCACAAGCCUGGUCAUAAGUUAUACGAGCAAUGGUCCUCAAUUUGGGAGAGAGAAGCAGGAGAUACCCUUCCCCCGAGAGCCAGCCAGUUCAUGGCAGACAUGUGGCUUCCUAUAUGGGUCCAGUGCACUAACGAGGGGUGUGGUCACUGGCGUAAACUCCCCGCCCACAUCGAACUCCAUCAUGUUAAACUCGACGUAGUCAAGUGUAGUGACUGUAGUCUUGACGAAGACCCAAUUGCUCUGAUGGCUAUGGAUCCGUUGUGGGUCCAUUCGAUCAGUUACAGUCCGUUGCUGAGAUAUUGUGAGCCACUGGCCUCGUUACUAGUUGAAUAUUAUCCUGACGGUGUUGGUAUCAGCCCAACCACUGUUUGUAUACAAAGAAAUAAACAACAACAACAACAACAACAACAACAACAACAACAUGAAGAGUCGUCAACAAGUGGAGGCGGAAUUGCUAAUGGAGAGGCCUUGAAGAAAGAGGAGGGGAAGGAGGAAGUUGAAGACACUGUUGUUCCGUCCUAUGAUUGGUUGCAUCCUUUUAAUCACCCGAAGGAGGGGCCAAGGGGUGGGGCAUUAACUCCUGAUACUCUAGAGCCGUGUGAAUCUAAAACCUUUCCUGAGUGGAGCAAGUAUGUACUAGCAUUAUGAUUAUGUUCUUAAGAAAGUUUGAGCAAAACUGAUUUUGUAUGAAGUUUUGUCAAUAG